AUGAGCAAGAUUCACACUUCUCAUACCAUGGCUCUCACUGCUCAACCUGCCGCGCACCCCAAUUGGGGCCGCUGGCCGCAAAAUGUCUCCAACGACUUCAACAUGAUGGACGGCCAGGGAUUCCUGCCCUACGACACUCGCGGCCAUCAUUCUGCUCCUGCUCAUCAAAUGCAACAACAGCCGCAACGUCAGAUGGCUCCUCAGUAUGUGGUUGGCCCGGCCUACAACUCGCAUCCGGCUCCUCCCACCUUCACUACACCCCAAUAUCAGGGGCCUAAUGCUUUCCAAUAUGUGCCGUAUCACAGCCCUUCGCCCACUUCGCCCGUUGGCUCGCCAUUCCGCAACGACUACCAAGAGCGCCAGCUACCCCAGGUCGACCAGCCUCGCGUUAUCUUCCAGCGCGACUCAAAGUCUCUCCAUGAGAUGCAGGCUCCUUCGCCUUCAACCCGCAGCGACUCUUUAGCCUCCACCAAGCGCUCGUCUAUUUCUUCGCACCCUACUGCCAACGCCAAAACGAUUACUUACAACGAAACUCUCAACCCGGUUGAUAGAGUCAACUUUGACACCGACGUCGACGAGCUCAUGAAAGCUAUUCAGAGAAAGCACUCGGCUACCAGUCUUGAAGCUUCCCAAGGCCCUACUCCUGCUCACACUCCCCGUGCUGAUCGCACUGAGCCCUCCACUCCAGGUAGCACUGUCGCUGCUGCCGACAAUAAGCCCAAGAAGAAGUGGGUUUGCGAUGGCCCCAACUGCAGCAAGAGCUUUGUCCAAAAGACUCAUUUGGAUAUUCAUCGCCGCACCCACUCUGGUGCCAAGCCAUACGUUUGCACAAAAGAGAACUGUGGACUCACGUUUUCUCAGCGCGGCAACCUCAAGACACACAUGCGCCGUCACACUGGCGAGAAGCCUUUCUCCUGCCGCAUCUGCGGAAAGACGUUUGCUCAGCGUGGCAAUGUCCGCUCCCACGAGGAGACUCACAAGGGCAUGAAGCCCUAUGUUUGCAAGCUAGACGACUGCAACAAGACGUUUUCCCAGCUUGGCAAUAUGAAGACUCACCAGAACAACUUUCACAAAGAAAGUAUCAAGCGACUCACUGCCAUGUUUAUCAAGUUUGCUGCUGAGGGUGACGUCCCCGAAGAGCACCAAGAGCUCUUUGAGUACUUCCAUGAGCAUUACAAGAACAGCAACAAGGGCGUCAAGGGUCGUGGUAAGGCACGCACUGUCGCAGCACGCAAGCCUAAGGGCCAACCCCGAUCCCAGAGCCUCUCCGGCCCUGUACCCCAGCAGCCGUUACCCCAUGUUCCCCGACACCACAGCAUGUCUGCCUACGACCUGACUAGCCAGACGACUGCUCCCGGCAUCGCCAGCAUUCCCAGAACGCACAACCCCGAGUACACCAUGUUUGACCAGCAGGAUGUUCUCUACGAGGAGGAACACGGUCAUCACAUGAGCUUCACCGACCGCUUGUACUAA